AAAGAACCAUGUCAUGGCAUCUUUUCCGACACGUGAUUCUUCUUCUCGUUCUGAUUGGUGGAGUCUCCAGCUGCUCUAACCCAGGGCCCGUAACUCUGAACGACAAGAUCCAAUACUCUGACGUCAUUGUCUCGGGUACUAUCAAAUCCAAAGUACGCGAUGGGGUUUAUUCAAUGGAGGUAGACUGUGUUCUCAAAGACAGUAGGGCAGAUAUUCCUGGCUCUCUCAACAUCACAGGGGUGGAGGAAGAAGAGGGUGGUUUGUGUUUUAUGAGUGAGAUAUCAGUCGGGAAUAAGUAUGUGGUCUUCUUAUCCAGUUUCUAUUCUAUGAGAUACAAAGAACAAGACUUUGGAGAUUACACCGACAUAAUAAAUACAGCUUGUGGUCUUGGAGUUAAAAGAAAGGAACCUGUGGGUGGGUCUACAGGCGUAUGUCAGGAUGUGGUACAUAGAGCUUGUCCUACCACCACCACAGCAGUUCUAACAAGAAGAACAAAGAAGCCAAGGAAAACCACCACCACCACAACUCUCAGAUCCACCACCACCACACUUAGAUCAACCACCACAGUUAACAGAUCAGGAGGUGGCUCUGUGGACAAUGAAUCUAAACCACUGGAUAACAAAAAUGGACUGGGCAAAAUUGACAGUCAAACACAACAGAGGCCCCACACAAGGGGAAUGGGAAGUAAGAAUGGGGACUCAGGCCCAGUAUACAGCACCAUGUUACUCAUAGCUGCCACCGUUUGUUCACUUCUAGACGUCAUGUAAAUAAACUAACAAGUUUAUAUAGGUCGGUGACUUGCUUCUGAUUGACAACAUAAUCAGAUUGAAUAU